AUGUGUCAAUCUAUUCAAAAAAACCAAUUAUCCUUGAUAGAUACUUUUAAAAUGAUUAGCUUUUCUAAUAAAUCUAAUGUACUUUUAUUUUUCGUUCCUAUAGGGUAUAUAGUUCACUUUCUUAGUUCGAGUGAUACACUAAUUUUUAUAAUGAACUUUAUUGCAAUUAUACCAUCAGCUCAAGUGCUGAGGUUUGCAAAUGGUGAAACAUCGUACCAUUCCGGUGAGCUCCUAGGAAGCCUAUUGAAUAUAACAUCUAGCAAUUCGGUAGAAUUAAUAGUAACCAUAAUUGCGUUGGUGAAUGGUCAAAUUCGUGUUGUCCAAGCAGCAAUUCUAGGGUCUAUAUUCUCCCAUCUUUUGCUUGUAUUAGGAUUUUGUUUUCUCAUUGGUGGAAUCGAAAUUCUUAAAGAAGACAAGCUUGAACAAGAAUUUAGUUCGACUGCUGCACAAAUGACGUCUAGUGUGAUGACAUUAGCUUGUAUUUCUCUAAUUUUACCUUCCGCAUUCAGCCUUCUUAUCAAUUAUCGCUUUUCCAAUAUUCCUGCCGUUAUGGUUAAUGAUAGGAUUUUGCAUAUAAGCUAUGAAAUAAAAACCCAUAAAAAACUAUUUGAGAAAUAUUACAGCCAUAAAGGUGAAGAUGAAGAAAACAGAGAACAAAUAGAUAAAGAAGAAAAGAGUGAAAAGCAUAUAAGCCUGAUAGCGUCAUUAAUUUUGUUAAUUGUAAUGACGGUGAUUAUUGCUUUUUCAGCAAAGUUUCUCGUAACAUCAAUCGAGGGAAUUGUCACGUCCUAUGACAUAAGCAAAACUUUUAUAGCGUUGGUUUUGUUACCCAUAGUUGGUCAUGGUGCUAAGUAUGCGAACACUGUUAAUACCGCAAGUAAAAAUAAGAUGAAUUCAGUCCUUGUUAUGUCUGUCGGAAGUUCAACCCAAUCCGCGCUGUUUAUUACUCCACUAUUGGUGAUUUUGGGAUGGAUUAUUAAUCAGCCUAUGUCUCUAUUUUUUUCACCAUUUGAAACCAUUUGCUUAUUUAUUUCAGUUAUACUCAAAAAUUAUUUAGUUCAA